GGUCAAAAAGCCGCGGUAACGCCUUCUGAGGCUGUCAGUCAUAGCAGAUUAGCAAGGCGAGCACACUCACUCUCACAAGCUUCUACGUCACCUUGUGUCUCACCGUCAGGUGAAACGCUACGCUUGGAGUUUACUUUCUAUAUAUUAUUUUGUUUACGAAUAUUUUCCAGCUGUUGUUUGUCGGCGCUGCGCUGCGGACAUAGCACGUAGCAGCUAGCUAGCGAGCUAAUGAGCUAGCCAGGCCGGGUAGACUGGGGUCAAGUGUGUGUGUUUGCACAAUAAGAGCACUUAGGAGCAUACAUGAGCACUUAGGAGCAUACUUGAGCACUUAGGAGCAUACAUGUGUCCACACUCCAGCGACGAUGCGCAAGGACGUGAGGAUCUUACUUGUUGGGGAGCCCAAGGUGGGAAAGACAUCUCUCAUCAUGUCUCUGGUCAGCGAGGAGUUCCCAACUGUGGUUCCUUACCGAGCUGAGGAGAUCACCAUACCUGCAGACGUCACUCCAGAGAGAGUCCCCACACACAUUGUGGACUAUUCAGAAGCGGAGCAGACGGAUGAGCAGUUGCUUCAGGAGAUCUCCAAGGCAAAUGUCAUCUGCAUCGUGUAUGCCGUCAACAACAAGACAUCCAUUGAGAAGGUGACCAGUUACUGGAUUCCCCUCAUUACUGACAACACCGACAAGGACAGCAGAGUUCCGCUCAUCCUGGUGGGAAACAAAUCCGACCUGGUGGAGCACAGCAGCAUGGAGACCAUCCUGCCCAUCAUGAACCAGUACAGCGAGAUUGAGACCUGCGUCGAGUGCUCAGCAAAGAAUUUGAAGAACAUCUCGGAGCUGUUUUACUACGCCCAAAAGGCAGUUCUCCACCCCACGAGCCCCCUCUACUGUCCCGAGAAAAAAGACAUGAAGCCAAAUUGUGUCAAAGCGCUGACUCGAAUCUUCAAGGUGUCCGACUUGGACAAUGACGGAAUUCUCAACGAUAAUGAGCUCAACCUCUUCCAGAGAACCUGCUUCAACAUGCCACUGGAGCCGCAGGCAUUAGAGGACGUGAAAAAUGUUGUGAGGAAGAAUUUGACGGAUGGUGUAUGUGAGAACGGGCUCACUCUGAAAGGCUUCCUGUUUCUUCACACCCUGUUCAUCCAGAGAGGUCGCCAUGAAACCACGUGGACGGUGCUGAGGAGGUUCGGCUAUGAUGAUGACCUGGAGCUCCAUCAGGAUUACCUCUUCCCUCCACUGAAAAUUCCUCCUGACUGCACCACAGAGCUCAACCACACUGCCUACCUCUUUCUCCAGAGUGUCUUUGAUAAGCAUGACAAGGACCGUGACUGCGCCUUGUCACCUGAAGAGCUGAGCGACUUGUUCGACGUGUUUCCGUACAUGCCCUGGGGUGCUGAUGUCAACAACACCAUCUGCACCAAUGACCAGGGCUGGAUCACGUACCAGGGAUAUCUCUCACAGUGGACUUUAACAACUUAUCUGGAUGUCCAGCGAUGCCUGGAGUAUUUGGGCUACCUUGGCUAUUCAAUUAUUGCUGAACAAGAGUCCCAAGUGGCAGCUAUUACAGUGACCAGAGAUAAGAAGAUUGACUUGCAGAAGAAGCAGACUCAACGGGGUGUCUUCCGAUGCAACGUCUUUGGCGAUGUUGGCAGCGGCAAGAGCGGCUUCCUGCAAGCCUUCCUGGGGAGAAACCUGAUGCAGCAGCAAACGAUCAAAGAGGAACACAGAUCUUAUUACGCCAUCAGCACGUCUUAUGUUUACGGCCAGGAGAAAUACCUUCUACUUCAUGAAGUGUUCCCUGACUUUGAUUACCUGUCUGACGCCGACCUGGCUUGUGACAUUGUCUGUCUGGUGUAUGACGUCAGCAACCCUUACUCCUUCGGAUACUGCGCCAAAGUCUUUAAGCAAUACUUCACGGACUGCAAGAUCCCGUGCAUGAUGAUAGCGGCCAAGUCGGACCUACCCGAGACCAAACAGUUCUACGCCUGCAGUCCUCUAGAGUUCUGUCGGAGGCACAAAAUGCCGCCUCCGCAGUCGUUCACCUGUAACACCGCAGCAGCACCCAGCAAAGACAUCUACACCAAACUCACCACCAUGGCCGUGUACCCCCACGCACGACUGCGCUGCAUGUGCACAUGUAACCGGUGCACCUUCUGCUUGUGUCAGAACCUCCUCAACUCUGAGCUGCUGCAGACGGUCAGAGCUAAACUCCAUGCUGUUGUUCUGCGCAGACACAUGAGCCAAGCAGACCUGAAGAGCUCCACCUUCUGGCUGAGAGCGAGCGUCGGUGCCACUUUGUUUGCCGUUCUGGGCUUCGCCAUGUACAGAGUUCUGCUCAAAGCACGGUGAUCACUCUUAUUCCCACCCUGAACUGUGGUCAAACAGAAUACACUCUAUGGACAAUUAUUGCGUUUAUAGCCAUCGCAGGAUGAGCUUGAACAUAGAUGCGGACCUUACAAAUGUUAUGUUUUUUGUACUCCAACAUCUUGUAGAAAUGACCCUUCAGAAGAUUGGAAGCUGUUUUAGCUCACAUAAAACACUUGUGUCCAUAAAGUGUAAUCUGUAAAUGACCCACUGCUGUUCAGUGUGACAAAGCAAGUUGUAAUAUGUAUUCAUUUUCUAUUUCAAUGCUGAACUUUGAUUUAAUGUGCUUGUCUGCAAAAAGCAAAUAUAUUUAUACUGGAAGAUAGUAGAAGCUGUUGAUAAAGUGUAGUUAUUGGUAUAUAAAAGGACAAUUUUUUGGUUGCCUGGUGACUGCAAUUGUUAAGAGAUGCGAUAUUAAGAUUAGCUGUAGUGUACAUACUGUAAAUAACAUUGUGUGUGUUUGUCAAUAUGGACCGAUGCAUUGUGUUCCACGGCCAAAAUGGAUGAAUGACUAUUGUUUGAACAUGCCUGCAAGUUAGGAUCCACAGGCAUGUUUUAUUAUUUCUGGCCACAUUCUCUUUGAUUUUCGUCACCAUGACGACAUGCUCAUCUAGUCUUUGACCAGGAGUGUCCAAACUUUUUUCCCACUGAUGCCAGACUUAAUCUGGUGUAGGUAAAUUAGUUAUCUGAACAAAACACCCACAUCUUAGCUUUGUGUUGGAGGUGACAAAGCUAAUUAGUGGUAUAUCUAAAAAUUAUAUAUUUUUUAAGUCCGAUUAAUCAAACUUUUGAAUUUGGAUUCAUCAUGAAAUUAUCACAGGGUUAUUUCUUACUUGCAUAAUUUAAUUUAACAUGAAAAAAAAUGCCCAAUAUUUGAUUACAAAUGCAGGUUUAUUGUUUGAAUGUCAUACGGGACUUUUUAAAAAAAGUGUUUUACUUGAAUGAACUACAUUUAUUUGCUCAAAACUUGGUAACUGAAUGUUUUGAUUUAAAAUUUGCCACAAGCAUGACAGUGGGAGUCUCCUCACUUAUCUGUGCACUGAUGAAGGCAUUAACCUGAUCUCUGAGCGGAUAACAACCUUUCAGGUAACCAUCCACAAUUCAGGUAAAGCAGCGUGUAUUACUGUGUCAUUAAUCUGCAUAUAAGUGACUAAUGGGAUUUUUUUUUGUUAAAGCACUGCUAAAAAUACUUUUAUUUGUACAAUAUGCGUAAUGCCAAUUUGAAAAGCCACUCUUUGGACACCCUUGUCUUAGACACGGCAUUAAAAUCCCAGCUUCUAGGUAUGGUUUAUGCAAAAUAUGCAACAUUGUCCUGCUGUAUAUGUACAAGUACUCCCAAUAAAUUGUAAUCCGGAUUGGAUUGUUGAAAGAAAUGUACAAUAAAUACAUACAGUAUUGGUCUCA